UAUUAUUCAUGUAAAAUGUUACUAUUUAGUGUAAAGCAUCGGCAUAAUAUUCUAUAAUAUAAUAAAAUAUAUUUAAUAUAAUAUGUCUAUAUCGCACUGUCGCAAACUCGCAUUCAGACGCAUCACUCACUCUCUCAACUGACUCCCUCGCCGACCGAUCAAAGAGCAGCGGCCAAUGAACAAUAAUCGAGAGAAUUAUUUAUUAUAUUUGUAAUUAUUAUUUUAUUAUUACUGUUGUACACAGCGACGCUGCCGAAGUCGUAUCGCCGGCACGGUCACGUUGUGCAGUAGUGGUCAGCGGUCACUGGUCACGUACGACGUACUCGCGUCAACGUUCGUGGUCACUAUAACUCUUUCGCUGUAUACGCAUCGCAUAGACGAGCAAAAGCGACGAACAGUCAUCAGCAACGCCACGCACCCGGCGCAGCAAUGGGCGACAAUAAGGUCGAAGUGCUCUUUGAGAACGGCGUCUAUUACGAGGGUUUUGUUACGGGUGUAAUGGAAAAUGAAGUUCUAGUUUCUUUCCCUAAUGAUUGGUAUCCGGAAACCGAAUUCAACUAUGACAAUGUUCGACUCCCCUUGUCAGAUGAGCAAUGUAGUACAGAGUUUAUAAACAAUCAAGAAAUAGAAGUAAAAUCGGUCAGAGAACCUCAUCCUUGUUAUGGAUGGGUAAAAGCAGUAAUUAAAAUGAUUAGUGGUAAUCCACCAUCCCAGUUCGUUAUCCAAUAUUUCAACUCAACAGUUAUAGAAAUAGUCUCUCCUGAUAAAAUCAGAUGCAGUAACAUAAAUUCACACAUUAAUGGCAAUACAUUUCAUACGUUUGAUAUUGAUGUACCUGAAGAUGUUAGAGAAAUUGCUAAAAUCUAUGGUAUCCACAUAGAUUUCCAGAAAGCAAUUAACGCAUCUCAAGUGUUCUAUAAUCCGGAUCAAUCAGUAUUGAGUGUUAUAUCUCGUUCAUCAUUGACCAGUAAAAAAGCAUUGAUGUUAGCUGACAUGCACUUUAGAAACCUAAAUGAAAAUGCUAUGGUUCUUAUGAAGACUGAAAAAUUAGACACGCAACUGGAAAAUUCCAAUCUACAGUUUAAAUUAUCUUAUACUGAUGAAUUUAAUGUAUGUAAUAACCUCAUUGGCUUGGCUAUUGGUACUCGUGGCAGUAAUAUCAAACGAGCUCGCAAGAUUGAGGGUAUUACAAAUAUUGAAUUAGAUAAAAAUACUGGUGUUUUUAAAAUUUAUGGAGAAAAUAAAGAUGCUGUGAUGAAAGCUCGAGGAAUUUUAGAGUAUAAAGAAGAAUUUCUUCAAGUUCCAAGAAAUUUCAUGGAAAAAGUUAUUGGUAAAAAUCAUAGAAACAUCCAAGAUAUUGUCGACAAGAGCAGAGUGAUUGAAGUAAAAAUUGUAGGUGAUGAUGAGAUACAACCUACUAUUCCUCGUGAAGAGGGUCAAGUUCCUUUUAUGUUUGUUGGUACAGCAGAGAAUAUAUCUAAUGCUAAAUUUCUACUAGAAUAUCAUUUAGAACACCUUAAAAAACUUGAACAAUUCAGUCAAGAAAUAGUUGGAAUGAAGCAAGAGUUAUGUAGUAAUGCACCGUCAGCUGCCCAAUAUUUCAACUCAACAGUUAAAGAAAUAGUCUCGCCUGGUAAAAUCAAAUGCAGUAACAUUAAUGGUGAUACAUUUUAUGCGUUCGAUAUUCCUGUACCUGAAGAUGUUAGAGAAUUUGCUAAAAUCGAUGGUAUCCACACAGAUCUUCAGAUAGCAAUUAGUGCAACCAUGGUGUCAUAUAAUCAUGAUCAAUCAGUGUUGAAUGUAACAUCUCGUUCAACAUUGACCAGUGAAAGAGCAUUGAUGUUAGCCGACAUGCACUUUAGAAACCUGAACCAAAAUGUUAUGGUGCUUAUGAAGACUGAAAAAUUAAACAAGAAACUGGAAUAUUCCAAUCUACCGUUUAAAUCAUCUUAUACUGAUAAAUUUAAUGUACAUGAUAACCUUAUGGGUUUGGCUAUCGGUGCUCAUGGCACUAAUAUUAAACGAGCUCGCAAGAUUGAGGGUAUUACAAAUAUUGAAUUAGAUAAACAAAGUGGCGUUUUUAAAAUUUAUGGAGAUAAUAAAGACGCUGUAAUGAAAGCUCGAGGAAUUUUAGAGUAUAGAGAAGAAUGUUUUCAAGUUCCAAUAGAUUUCAUAGGAAAAGUUAUUGGUAAAAAUAAAAGAAACAUCUUAGAUGUUAUUAACAAGAGCGGUGUGCACAGCAUAUUAAUUGAUGAUGAUGAUGAGACACAACCUACUGUUAUUCGUGAAGAGGAUCAUGUUCCUCUUAUAAUUGUUGGCAUGGUAGAAAGUAUUUCUCAGGCUAAAGUUCUAAUAGAAAAUCAUUUAGAACACCUCAAAGAACUUGAACAAAAUAGGAAAGAAAAACAAACUGAAAUGGUGCACAAUUUACGUAGUACACACAGUAGUAGACCAGCUGUCUCACAUGCCACGACGCAAAGGCGAAACAACCGUAACUUUAAUGCUGACAGCGAAAACAUGAAUAAUGGCCAAAGUAACUCCAAGGGAAGAAAAAAUAACAGACAUAGACGUGGUGAAGACGAGGGUGGGUGUACAAUAUCUUGAAAAAAAACAAAAUAAACUGUUUAUGUUUUAAACAGUUUGAUACAAUGUUUUAAUUUUUUAAAUGAUUUGUUUUUAAUUUAAAUUUAAAAAUACAUAUUAUGUAAAUACAAGAUUUGUGUUAUACUAUGUUAUGUAAAAUAUAUAUAUUAUAUCAAAGCAUA